GACACGGAACUGGGGAAGAGAUCCCAUGACUAGCUGUGCAGGCUGUCACUUCUCAGUUGGAUUUUAGAUCAGCUCUUUACUUUGUAGUCACCAUGUUAUGCGGAGGACUUGGCAAUGUUCAGGACGCCACUGCCGAAGUGCAGCAGAUCUGCGAUGAGGUGAAGCCAUAUGUAGAGGAAAAGGCUGGGAAAACGUUUGACGUUUUUACCGCAAAGACAUUCAAAACCCAAGUGGUGGCAGGAAAAAACUACUUCAUUAAGGUUUAUGUGGGGGGCAAUGACUACAUACACUUGCGUGUUUACCAAACACUGCCCCAUGCUGGCAACAAGCUUGAACUGCAUAGCCUGCAAACAGAGAAGAAUGACCAAGACCAACUUGCAUACUUCUGAAUGACCAGAAUUCCUUAUGAACACCCAGCAAGUGCUUCAUCCUUAAUAAAUUACCCAUGAACCAAGUCUGGUGUCCAGUGUUCAUAUAAUACAUUUUUUUUCUAAAACAGAUCAUCAAAAUUACCUGCAGGUAUUAGUGGGUGAAACUUGUCUAUGUGGAGGCAUAUUCCCAUAAAUAUCAUAACACAAAGUUAUAUGCUGUAAAAAUUUAUAAUUGCAAGUUUUGGGGAAGAACUUCACCUUUUUACUGUGCAUCUUUGAAUCUGUAUGAAUUAAAGCAUGACCUGAUUUUUCUGCA